AUGCUCAGAUUAUCCUCAAACUCCUCAGAUUAUCCUCAAACUCCUCAGAUUAUCCUCAAACUCCUCAGACUACUCCUCGGUCUAAUCCUCAGACUCCUCCUCAGAUUAUCCUCAAACUCCUCAGAUUAUCCUCAGACUCCUCAGACUACUCCUCGGUCUAAUCCUCAGACUCCUCCUCAGAUUAUCCUCAAACUCCUCAGAUUAUCCUCAGACUCCUCAGAUUAUCCUCAGACUCCUCAGAUUAUCCUCAGACUCCUCAGAUUAUCCUCAGACUCCUCCUCAGAUUAUCCUCAGACUCCUCCUCAGAUUAUCCUCAAACUCCUCAGACUACUCCUCAAACUACUCCUCAAACUCCUCCUCAGAUUAUCCUCAAACUCCUCAGACUACUCCUCGGUCUAA